AUGUUAUCAUUAGAAGAAAGAUUAAAAAUUAAAAAAGAAGAAGAGAAAGAAAUCGAACAAAUUAAAACAAGUGUCCUUUCUAAGGUUAGAAAAGAAAAAACUUUUUUUGAUUAUGUCAAAUUUUAUUUUUUAAAGAUGGAGGCCGAAACUGGUUUAUAUUUUGGAACUACUUUUGAAAAAUAUGUUUAUGGUAAUUGUCAUAUAAUAUCAUACAUCUAUAAUAAAUAA